AUGAGUUUACUAGUAUCCAACAACGGAAGCCUCCAAGUGGCGGUGCUCGGUCCCCCGGUCCAGUACGGUUCACCCAUCUGUCUGGGAACCGGAGAUAUCACCAACGUCAAAAGAGUGCAACUUGAACACCAAGAUCAUUUGGUGGUUCUUCGUGUCUCGGGUGCCGUCCAACUACACAAGUUCUACCCGGCGCAUAACCAGUACCAGAUUAUCAAGGAGUGGCGCAACGGCGUGAUGCAUGCCAAUGAUAAAAUCGUCGAUAUGGGCAUCAUCCGCCAGACCUAUUUGUAUACCUGUUCUGGCGAAGGCGUGUUUGUCAUCCGCGACUUGGUUAACGAUGACGACGACCACCGCUGCAAGGAGUGUAAGCUCCUGGGCCCGGUAACAAGUAUUAAGGUCCUGGAGGCCAAAGAGAACUUUCGAGUGGCGGUGGGCAGUAAAGACAUGGGCGUUCGCCUCUACCAGAUUCUGUUCGACAAGGACUACCUCGUGGAUGACACCAUUGCAUCCAAGAUGUACAACCUUCACCAGAACCUGAACGUGGUGUCGAUGAACCGGGUACGGUAUCUCCUCAGAAGACGGUCAGAACUGGCCUCCAAAGAAAAAUUAGUACCUCAGUGGCAGACCCCGGCGUUCUUCGAGACCUACUGGGUGGUUUCGUUAGAGUUCUGGCGCCACUAUGUUAUCUGCGGUACCCAGUUUGGGUUUAUCGUGGUGUACGAUCUGACCACUGUCAGUGAUACGCCCAUCAAGGUGAUUAAGAAUUCAGGACUGCCCAUCAUCAACUUGAAGGAUGUGGGCAACCACUUGGUGGCAUGUGACAUGAUGUCUAAGAUCAACGUGAUUCGGCUUCCUACGUUUGAGGAGGUAAAUAGUUAUACCUACAACUUUGGGAUCAUUGAGCAAAGCAAGAUUCUCGUGCACCGCAGGACGGCACGGGACGUGGUGGUGGUGGCAGCGACGGCUGCGGGCCGCCUAGUAGCUCUCCGACUUCGUCCCGACGACUCGUACGAGGUUGUGCACGAUAUGGCCAUGCCGCAGCCGGUGCAGGCAUUUCUCGUGCUCCGGUGGCAUCGCCUGGGGUGAGUACCCCACAAAUCGCACCCCGGCUCCAGCCGCUCUGGGCCCUGCGCCCUGCAUGCGCCGCUGAAUAUUGCAGCCGAUAGCAGCAACCAUGACGAUUUACGUUUUAAUAUACAAAUUCCAAUCCCC